AUGGCGUGUGCUUUCAGGGAGUUGAAGUACCACUCCUUGAUUGCAUCUCCCCAAAAUAGUGUGAACCUAUGUGAAUAUUUUCUGAAAAAACCGUGUAUGUCGAACGCAAACAUCACCGGAGAUGCUCCUGAGCGAGUUGUUCUAGACUUUGAAAGAGCAGCUAUAGAAGCAGCUCUCAAGGUCUUUCCAAGGUCAUCUGUGGAACGCUGCUCAUUUCAUCUUGCGCAGGGUUUGCAUCGCAAGAGAAGAUUUCUUGGGGUCGAGGAGAUACAUCAUGAAUUAGAAAGAGAGGAGCCACUCACGGAGUGUUGGGAAAUAGUGAAAGGUACGUGA